AUGUCUGCUCACACGUCGGAAAAGGAUGUUCAUGUCGUUGACGAGAAAACGUCUCGGCCAGCAGAAAUCGCUGCAGAAGACGCUCCGGAGAACGCGAAGAUAGUAGAAGCAGCAAAUACAGAUCUUGCUUUGGCUUUGGCAACUAGUCAACCGCUGAACCCACUCGGCGCAAGAUCACUACAACUAUACGCCAUUCUGCUAGUGGCCUUCAUGGGUAGUCUGGCGAAUGGUUUUGACGGAUCUGUUAUGUCUGCGGUCAAUGGGAUGGAACAAUACUUGUCGUACUUCAACAUCUCGGGAGACGACGCGGGCGGCGGUGUGGGAACGACGACGGCUAUCAUCUUGUGCGCCUACAGCAUUGGCAGUAUUGUCGCGGUCCCCAUCGCAGGUCCGGUCACAGAUAGGCUUGGUCGUCGCGGUGGAAUGUUCGUCGGCGCCGUCAUUAUCCUCAUUGGAUCCGUCGCUGUCACCACCGCUACACGUGUCGGGGCUUUGCUAGGUGGUCGAUUUGUGCUCGGUCUUGGUGUCAGUAUUGUUCAGACAGCUGCACCAUCCUAUGUAGUUGAAAUGGCUCCCCCACAAUGGCGCGGUCGGCUUACUGGAUUAUUCAACACAUUCUAUUACGCCGGGUCCAUUCUAUGCACUGGUAUUACCGUCGCGACGGGCCGUCUCGCCAACAGCACGCGCUCUUGGCGCGCUCCGCUUGCUAUCCAGGUCGUCGCGGCUGGUAUUUUGACCAUCUUCGCGUGGAUAUUGCCCGAAUCACCUCGUUGGCUGAUUUCGGUUGGCCGCAAAGACGAUGCUCUCGCAGUCCUUGCUCGGUACCACGGCAACGAUGACCCGAACUCCCCGCUCGUCCAGCUCGAACUCCGCGAAUUCGAAGAGGCCAUCAAAAUCGACGCGUCCGACAAGCGCUGGUGGGAUUAUUCGGACUUGUUCAACACCCCGAACGCUAGAUAUCGGACUUUUAUGAUGGCGCUCAUGGGCGUUUUCGGUCAAUGGAGCGGGAACGGAUUAGGGUACUUCUUGACGAUCUUAUUCCAGAAUGCUGGUGUGAAUUCCCAGAAUGAUCGACUCACGUUGAACUUUGUGAACACUGUCGUCUCGGCUUGUGGCGCGCUUAUCGCGACGGCGCUCACAGAUAAAAUUGGAAGACGAAAAAUGUGGUUCUGGGGAACAUUUGUCAGUGCAUGCACGCUCGCAAUUGUUACUGGAUGCACCGCAAAAUUCGGGAGCGUCGGGAGCAACAAAGCGGGUGCAAACGCUGCGAUCGCGUUUAUCUUCCUCUUUGGAUUCUUCUACAGCCUUGCGUACACUCCCCUCCAGGCUCUCUACCCAGCAGAAGUGCUCGCCUAUAAUACACGAGCCAAAGGUAUGGCGCUGUACGCCCUCAUCGUCAGCUGUGCAUCCUUUGUCAACACCUACGCCGGCCCGAUCGGAUUACAACGCAUUACCUGGAGGUUUUACAUUGUCUAUGUCGUGUGGGAUCUGUUUGAAUGUGUCGUGAUCUAUUUCUGUGUCGUCGAGACGAAAGGCCGUACAUUGGAGGAACUUGAAGAAAUAUUCAAUGAUCCGCAUCCAGUACGAGCUUCGCUACACAAGCGAAAAGUCGCAGUCGUCGAAGAGAAAGGUGGCGUCCAGGCCGUUGCGGUCAAGGAGGAUGUCGUUUGA